AUGGCUGAAUCGCGAGAAUCUCAGCACUCCCUGCUGCCAGAAGAAGAUCUUGUUAAUGCUCGCCCUGCUCGCUCCUGGAAUCCACUUGGCCGCUCCGAAUCGCCAAGUCUCGACUAUCACCACAUCCCUUCUCCUUCGCGCACUUUCUCUAAUGAAGUCUUCCGCGAUGUCGGUCUGGGAAUCACCAAUCCAUCGGGGGAGACCCUACCUGCUGGUAGAUCGAGGCGAGAUUCCGUCUCGAGUGCAGAUAGCCAGGCGGACACCCCAGGUUUCUUGAAAACGCCCGAAACACCAGCCAUCCCUCACUCGCCCAACUGCCCUAGUCACAAAACGAUUCUCCAGCGUCGUUUGUCAUGGGUCCCGAUCACAGUUCUCAUUCUCGCUUUCUAUGCAACCGUAUUUUCUGGAAUCUAUCUCAUUAUCGCGUUCUGGAAACCUCGGUGGGAUAUCAUCAAUAACAAGCAGGCGCUGGCCCCAUCCACCGCAAACCUGUUGUGUGCCUUCUUUGCUAAAACCAUCGAAUUGGCCUAUGUCACCAUUUGCGUCGCUUUUUUGGGCCAGGUCUUGAGCCGCCGAGCGUUGACAAGGGAUUCGCGAGGGAUCAGCAUCGCCGACAUGAGUAUGCGCGCGUGGAUUAUGCAGCCCGGAUCGAUGAUUGUGCACUGGGAGACGUUGCGAUACUCGGGAUUAACAAUACUUGGUACUAUCGCGUUGGUUGCUACAUUUGUUGCCAUGCUCUACACAACUGCUGCAGAAGCUUUGGUAUCACCAACGCUCUUGAUGGGUCCACAUGAAGACCGAGUCCUGACGGGGACAGUCCGUUCUAGUUUUGCCAACACCUUCUACAUCGCCUCGGUCUGUCAAACUCCAAUCCCGCUGGAAAUGGAUCCCGUAGAUCGCAACACCACAUGUCUCCAGAUUGAACAUGCUGGUUCAGCAUAUCAUAACUACCAGCAAUGGAUUACAGAAUGGAGUGAUUUGGUACAGGGCGACAACAGGACAUCCGAAAAUCUUUACCAGCGCCGGAAACCCAGUGGCUCGAUUUGGGAUAACACAACAAUUAUUGGAAGCUGGAUUGAAGUCAAAAACACCGAAAAGCUUUCCAGCAAGCACGGCCGCAUGAUUAACAAUAUUACUAUGGCAAUGCCUCAUGGUGGUAUUCCAGGUGCUGUUAUCGAUGCCAAAAAUAAUAUCCAGCAACCGAAAGGCACGUCGGGCGAAGGAAAAUUCAACCUCGAAGCCAUGGUCCCGUCACCAGCAGUCAACGUACUGUGUGUGGGAAUGAAUAAGUCAGAGCUAUCACCUAUAGUCUACAGCGAAUGGCCUGACUCUGAUGACUUUAACGCAACAAGCUGGAUGAACAGUCCAUCUGAGAUAAUUCUCCGCACGCCUUCAUGGCGAAAUAGUACAGUGGUUGAUGACAUCUUCAGCUUUGGCGAGAAGUAUAAUCGGCGCCCUCCUAUUUUCGGCAAAUUACCAGAAGUCAACAACACUAUCCUUAACAUAACUAGCACCUGGCCCGAGGAGUCAAUUUUCUUGCUGGGAAAGCCAAGCGUCUCUCAUCCGCCCUAUGUGAUGUGUUCAAUCCGCGCUAAACUGACUGGCUUAUGCUCCACGCGCUAUAACACUACAACCACCAGCGCUCGUCUAACCUCUCACUGCGAGGACCCCAACAAUAAAUACCAAUACAGUGUUGAUCACCCAGAGUUUAUUGAAGGUAAAUGGGAGGGUGACUGGAAAAACAUCGCAUCGACAUGGGCCAGUUCCCUCAGUCUCGGGGCGGGGAUCACAAACGGUGCAGCCAGUAACGCACGCCUUUUGAUGCAAAUGAUGCCAUCUUACGACGAGUCUUCAAACACAUACUCCCUUAGUCAGCACUUCCCUUCUAUCGGAGAAGCCCUUGCUGUAAUGGCUGGUAGUACUCUUAUUCUCAGCACACAGGAGACCCCCUUUGUUCAGAAUUGGAACUACACCGUGUACGAAAACAUCCUUCCUGAUCCUGUCUACCAAUACUUCAAGGCCUCGGUCCAAGUCAUCGGCUACGCUUCCGGUGGUACAGAGCGCUGGCAAGGCGUGUUUUACGUCAUUCUAGUUUUCUGCUUCAUCACAAGCCUCAUCUGUUUUGGCUUUAUGAUCCUCGAAGCACGUGGCCAUCAAAUCACAGACUUCACCGAGCCGCAGAACCUGUUCGCUCUGGCUAUGAACAGUCCACAUAGUGCGAGGCUUCAAGGCGCCUGUGGCGGUGGACCCGUAGGUCGACAGCUGAAAGAACGUUGGUUUAUUGGCAUGGAGGAAGAUGAUGCACACUACUAUAUCCGCGCCAAGGCGGAUGGUAAAAGUGCAUAUGGCAGUGGACAAUCUACCGCAUACCGGGCCGUUGAACAGAUGGAACUGGACGAUGGCUCUUUGAAGCCUGUGAGCCCUGCCGUCAAUGAAUUCCGGCGCGUCUCGAAGCGAGGAUCGUUCCUCGCGAAGUUUUAUUAA